AUGAGCUACAAUGCCCAUAUCAACUGGGGACAUCUGCUCCCCAAAAUGCUCUGGGCUAUUUGGCUAACUAGAAAUGACAACCUCUUCAAUGUCAAGAGAAACUCGGUAGAUUGGCAGUAUGCCUUUAACAUGGCUUUAGAAUUCCACAUGCUUGUACAAGGCAAUGAAAUUAGCAAGCGUAGAACCAAAACCAUCUACCUUAAAUGGGAACCCCCUGACAAGGGAUCCUUCAUGCUAAACUAUGAUGGAGCUGUGAUCUCCAACCUAGGUCGGAGGGGUCUAGGAGGGGUUAUUAAAGACCAUAAGGGGGAUUGUGUAGUGGGCUAUAUAGAUGGCGCGCCUCUUACAACCCCUCUUUACAUUGAAUUCAAAGCCUUGCUUCAAGGGUUGAUGUUUGCCAACUCCCUCACCAUUAAACCCCUCUAUAUAUGCUCUGACUCGCUUGAGCUAGUUAAAGCGAUGGCACAUGGGCACGACCUUUACACUAAUAUCAUUCAUGAGUGCAAGUCCCUUCUGCAGUAG